AUGGCUUCCGUGUUCUAUAUUCUUGACAGCAAAGGGUCUCCACUCAUAUGCCGCUCCUACAGGGGAGAUGUCACCCAUAACCCUCCGUCUGUCUUUCAGCGCCGAGUGCUUGACGAGGAGGAGUUCCGCAUAACCCCUAUUUUUGAGGAACAGGGGUAUAUCUAUUGCUACAUACGGGUGAACAACGUGUUCUUCCUGAUGGUGAGCAAGUUAAACAUUCUCCCACUGCAGCAAUUCGCCUUCAUGCGGCAAUGUGUCACCGUUUUCGAAAGCUACUUCAAGCACGUGCUAGAGGAAACGAUAAUGGACAAUUUUGUCAUUGUAUAUGAGCUACUGGACGAGAUGUGUGAUUUUGGCUUCCCGCAAUACACCGAAGAGAAGUCACUCAAAAAAUAUAUCACACAAGAGAGCCUUAUUUCGUACCUGCUCCCUGAAGAUAAGCUCCACGUGAAAGAGCUACCGGCAGAGGCGUCGGGUCGCGGUGGCCUCACGCCGUGGCGUCAGCCUGGUAAGUAUAAGUACCGUAAAAACGAAGUCUUCCUUGAUGUUAUUGAGAGUGUGAACAUCCUUCUCUCACCUGGCGGAGAAACGCUUUCAAGCGAAAUAUGUGGUCAGAUUAAAAUGCGUGUGCGUCUCUCCGGGAUGCCGGUCCUGAAACUUGGUCUGAAUGACAAGGCUACGUUUGAGAUGUUGGCCUCCCGCGGGCGUGCUGUUGAGAUGGAGGGCGUCAAACUGCAUCAGUGCGUUAAGCUUAGUCAGUUCGAGAGUCACCGUGUUAUUUCUUUCGUACCACCUGAUGGGGAAUUCGAGCUGAUGUCUUACCGCACGAGUAAGAAGGUGGCUCCGAUGGUUACCGUGGAGUGCACCACCGUUAGUAAAAGCGCGACUCAGGUGGAGAUGGCCCUAGUGGCACGCACCACGUUUCGACGCACUCUCACCGCAUCUUUCUUGGAUAUUCUUGUGCCGGUCCCGAGCGAUGCAUUCAAACCGGAGGGGCGGUGCUCGGCGGGAAAGGUUCGUCAUGCACCGGAGUCCAACUUACUUAUGUGGAGUCUGCGCGAGGUAAGUGGUGGUAAGCAAUUCACCUGUUCAUUCAAAUUCAGCCUCCCUUCCGUGCGAAGCAGUGAUCCAUCCGUGUUUGCUAAGGCACCAGUACAAGUGAAAUUUGAGGUCCCAUACCUUACGGCAUCCGGUAUUCAAGUGCGGUAUUUGAAGGUGGAGGAAGAGCCGAACUAUCAGGCGCUGUCGUGGGUACGGUACGUCACGCAGAGCGGCGACUACCAGAUUCGGACGGCGUAA